CCAGCCUCCACCGGGCUUCCCCACCCGUUCAAUUCUGCCUGCAGAGUCUCGUUUCACCCUCGGGAGGGGGCUCCACCUCCGGGGUCUCCUUUGCUUCCACCUUGGUGAGAAGGGGAUGCUAGGGAAGGCACCUGGAAAUCGGCCCGUGCCGUCAGCUUGCAGAAGGGAACAGGGUCAAAGGUGGAAGGCUGCAGGCUGGCAAGAGAUGAUGAGGGGGCUGGACCCAGGAUUGGGAAGAUGAGGAUAUAGCCCACCCUGACCAUGACCAAGAUGAACAUCCCCAGAUGGGAAGCUGCAGCAUUGAGAGAACGGCUGGCAGUAGGCAGCUGAUUUGUUUCAGGCGAAGCUCUGUCCAGCUGCGGGACACAGCAUGCAUCAACGCACUGGCGCCUCCUUGGAUCUUGGCUAAAAACCUGGAGGGGGCUCGAUUAACAGGGGAGAGAACCAUUUGCUGUUUUUCCUGGCUCUGAAGUGGAAAAUGUCUGUAGACAGUCAAAGCAUCGCGGCUACCGAGAACAAAGAGAAAACCCAUGAGGUUUCAGGUAAUGGGCAACCCUGUGGAGACUUGCUCUCUGGGCAGGAGGAGACAGUGCCCUUGGAAACCUCUCAGGAGUCAACACAUGUUAAGGCAGAGCCAUGCUGUGAAAGGGCAUCACCGGAGGACAGGACUCCAGGAACACCGGGCUCUAAGGACAAAGCCCCUUUCCUGCCUGGUGGAGUUCUUCCUUCACCCUGGAUUCCCAUACUGUCCCGAGGGGGACGGACCAGAGAGCGACAGGUGGCCGCGGCGCUCCUCACUGCCUGGUCCCAGCAAACCCUGAAUAGUACUGUUGUCAUGUUGUCUCAGAUGCCGGUGACCUUUGAGGAUGUGGCUCUGUACCUCUCCCGGGAGGAGUGGGGAAGACUGGACCACACACAGCAAAGUUUCUACAGAGAUGUACUACAGGGCAAAAAUGGGCUGGCUUUGGGGUUUCCCUUCAGCAGACCUUUCUGGGUCCCCCAAGUUGAGGGGAAGGGCCAGGCGUCAAGCUCCAGCAGGAUCACAGGAGCUGAGGAGAAGAGAGACCUUGGUUCAGGAGCUAUGGAAAUGGAGAAAAUGGUGCCAACCCUGGCGGUGGCCACCCUAGAGGACACAAAACCCAUAAGGACUAGGGCCAGGUGGGCCCCGGGGGAAGACCCGAAGUAUGGUCAACAAGUGGCUAGUGGUCCGGCUACAGAGUUGGCCAGAGACACCGGGGAAGCUAGUCAGCUAAAACCAGCCCCAUCUGAAGCACAUCCUCUCAAGACCCCAGAGUACAGAGGCCCAGAGAAACCCAGUGAGCGGGAGGAGGCCCUGAAAGGUGUCGAAGAGAGUCUGGUACCCGACAGCGACGCGGGCAAGAAGACAUACAAGUGCGAACAGUGCGGCAAGGGCUUCAGUUGGCACUCGCACCUGGUGACACACCGGCGCACGCACACGGGCGAGAAGCCUUAUACCUGCACGGACUGCGGCAAGCGCUUCGGCCGAAGCUCACACCUCAUCCAGCACCAGAUCAUCCACACGGGCGAGAAGCCCUAUACCUGCCCCUCGUGUUGGAAGAGCUUCAGCCACCACUCCACGCUGAUCCAGCACCAGCGCAUCCACACCGGUGAGAAGCCCUACGUGUGCGACCGCUGUGCCAAGCGCUUCACCCGCCGCUCGGACCUAGUCACACACCAGGGCACUCACACCGGCGCCAAGCCCCACAAGUGCCCCAUUUGCGGCAAGUGCUUCACCCAGAGCUCCGCCCUGGUCACGCACCAGCGCACCCACACUGGCGUCAAGCCCUACCCGUGCCCAGAGUGCGGCAAGUGCUUCAGCCAGCGUUCCAAUCUCAUCGCACAUAAUCGCACGCACACGGGCGAGAAGCCCUACCACUGCCUCGACUGUGGAAAGAGCUUCAGCCACAGCUCGCAUCUCACUGCUCACCAACGCACCCACCGUGGCGUGCGGCCCUACUCCUGCCCACUCUGCGGCAAGAGCUUCAGCCGCCGCUCCAACCUGCACCGGCACGAGAAGAUCCACACCACUGGACCCAAGGCUCUGGCCAUGCUCAUGCUGGGGGCAGCGGCGGCGGGAGCGCUUACAGCCCCUCCACCUGCUCCUACUUAAAAGCCUGAGAAAGAGCAGUGAGAAUACCCAGGGAAGCUGGGACAGCCCCGCCGAUGCCUAGGGUCCUAGUGAGUGGGAUGAUAUAGACUGGGAGGUGCUACUUCUGGCACCUGGUGGGCAUGGUAACGUGGGAGGAGCCAGGGCUAGAAGGGCGGGCACUCUAGCUGCAGAUUAAAGGCCUAGAUUUCAAGCUGUGCCCUGUGGCUAUGUCUGCCUGGUGCUUGAGCUGGUCCCUGAGUAUCGGGUAGCUCUUGGUUCCACCAGAGGUUAUCCUUGUUCAAGUAACCCUGAGUCACCACUGUUGGCCUAGGAAGCCGCUCUUCCCUCGCUUUGAAUUGGGUCACAGACUCUUUUGUCAGACGUCUGUUCCAGAACAUUAGGACCUU